AACACUGCCACAUUCAAGAGAGACGAAGAAAGAGCAAGGGAGCAGAGGGAAAAGGAAAAAGCCAUGCUUGCAGUGGAAAGACUUGGCAGGGCUUCCCCUCCUUUGUCUGUGUAGUUCAGGACUGCAGCGCCAGAGGAAAUCAAGAAACGUCCAGGCAUGAUGGUAGUGGAUGAGGACAAGCCUUAUCUCGGCUCCGAAAAACGACAGGAAAAAGUAACAAAAUAAGACAAGACGUUCCUUGUUUUUACACAAAUUUGAAGGGGACUAGGUUCCAGAGAUAAGGUGUUGCAAUGUCUAAAAUAUGGACAUGUCACUUUAUUUGAAUGGCAGCACGGUCAAGGUUUUAGUCAUUUUAUCUUUCUAACAUCUCUGAACUGGACAAGGACGGAUGUUUGACUGCAAAGAGUCAACUUGUAGCCAGAGGAAGGCCAACUUUGCACCGAACAAGAGCUAAACAUGACGUGAAUGGAAACAGGACUAUCCCACCUUUUCCAGAGGGGACAGAGAUGGUGAUGUUUGGCAUGGGCUGUUUCUGGGGAGCAGAGAGGAAGUUUUGGAGACAAAAAGGAGUUUAUUCAACCCAAGUGGGCUACUCUGGAGGGUACACACCUAACCCCACAUACAAUGAAGUUUGCACAGGAAGGACAGGACACACCGAGGUGGUUCGGGUCGUUUUCCAUCCAGAAAAAAUCAGCUUCGCAAGUCUCCUCAAAGUCUUUUGGGAAAGUCAUGACCCGACUCAAGGGAUGCGUCAGGGGAACGAUGUUGGGACGACGUACAGAUCUGCCAUCUACACCUACACACAGCAGCAGCUUGAGGAAGCUCUGGCCUCCAAACAUCAAUACCAGAAGGUACUUACAGAGGACGGUUUUGGUCAGAUUACAACCGAAAUUACUGAAGCCAAGCCGUUCUACUAUGCUGAAGAAUACCACCAACAAUACCUGAGCAAAAACCCGGAUGGAUACUGUGGGCUGGGAGGGACGGGAGUCGCCUGUCCGAUAGGACUCAAGAAGGCCCAGAAAGCCAACAACAGCCAGGAAUGAUCUCAUUAUCUACAAUAAAUUGAUUUUAAAAGUGAACGCUCACAAAAGCAGAAAUGUUUGAGUUUUAAACAUUUAAAAUGAUCAGAUAUUUUCCUUGUUUUACAUCAACCUGCCAAUAUUCAUCAAAACUGACCAUGUUGUGUGUGAGGGUGUAGGUAAAACACAACAAAAUCACGUAAAAUGCAGGUAAAAGUCUUAAAAAGGCUGAAAAUACUCUGUUUUCUGCUUAUUGUUAGCCUUUUUAAUUAAAAGGCUUAUUUUUUUGUCACAUGCUGAACAAUUUAAUUUAAAUAAAAUCACGAGUAAUGUACACCUAUAAAACAGGUGUGCAAGAUCAAAUCAAAAGAAGAGUCUGUGUCAGCACAAAAACUGACCUUAAAAGACAUCAAUUUAGGGCUCCGUGUGUGUGUGGAGAUUCUUAAAUGACUCUUAAGAUUCAUAGGCAAAUUAGUUAUGUUUGCAGUUUUAGAUCAAAAAAGGAGUUUUUGUUACUAUAUUACUAUUUUAGAGCUCUUUGCUUUGCAACUGAUAAAACUGGUGAAAGAAUAAAGCAUCUUUUCAAAUUA